AUGACCGAUCCAAGUUUGGAACUGAAGGAAUCAGGUUGGGAAGAGCUCAGGCGAGAGGCUCGUAAGAUCGAGGGAGAUCUCGACGUCAAGCUCUCUUCUUAUGCUAAGCUCGGCGCCCGCUUCACCCAAGCAGGUUAUGUAGAGUCUGCUUCACCAACUGUUGCGUCAGGUAGAUCAUGGAAGUCUAUGGAGAUGGAAAUCCAGUCGCUGCUUGAGAAGCUAUUAGAUAUUAAUGAUUCUAUGAGUAGAUGCGCAGCAACUGCAGCUCCAACUACUUCAGUGACCCAAAAGCUUGCAAGACAUAGAGACAUACUCCAUGAGUUUACUCAGGAAUUCAGACGAAUCAAGGCAAACAUAAACUCAAUGAAGGAGCACGCUGAAUUACUUAUAUCAGUCAGAGAUGAUAUAAGCGAGUACAAGGCUUCUGGAAGCAUGUCCCCAAGAAUGCAAAUAUUACGUGAAAGAGCUGCCAUACAUGGAAACAUUUCACAUAUAGAUGAUGUUAUUAGUCAAGCUCAGGCAACCAGAGCAGUCUUGGGGACUCAAAGGUCUAUGCUUGGAGAUGUUCAAGGCAAAGUGAAACAGCUAAGCGACAAGUUCCCAAUCAUACGUGGUUUACUUGGUUCUAUCAAGAGACGCCGUUCGAGAGACACUCUUAUUCUCUCAGCUGUAAUUGCAGCUUGUACGUUGUUUCUCAUCAUCUAUUGGCUCUCAAAAUGA